AUGGAACACUGGCCACUAUGGUUGGGUCUCUUACAAUAUGUGCUUGCAGCCUACUCCUCACCAGACUUCCUGAUUGCAGUACCAAAUUCCAAAGUAUACGCAGGGGAGGAGUUUGAUCUAUGUGUGACGAUACCAGGAGUCUUCUACAAUGGUUCUGUGAAAGUCAAUACUUUGAUGUACUCGACAGUGAACAAAACCAGUGUAUACCGUGACCAGCCCAAGACAUACCUGGCUGCGCCAGGAACUAUCAAAUGCCAAAAACGCAGAGCCCCAGAACAAGCUGGUCCUUAUACAGUGAUAGUUUCACUACAAAAAGACGCUGACUAUAUUCCGUCAUUGUUUACUUCCCCUGACAACACGAGUCUCACAAAUAGUUACCCUUUACAUUUAAAUGCCCGGCCAGGAAAUGUAUACAUAACACUGAUACAGACAGACAAACCGGUUUACAAACCUGGACAAACGGUGAAAUUCCGAAUUCUGAGACUGAAUCGCAAUUUUCGACCUGAUAUUGACAAGAUCAAAGCAGUGCACGUCAAAAGCCCAGCAGAUAUUCGCAUAAUGCAAUGGAAAGACGUUCCCACGACCCAUGGUAUAGCCAGUCUCGAAAUGGUACUGUCCAAUGACCCCCCUCUAGGAACCUGGUCCAUCAAAGCCAUAUACAAUGACAGCAAAGAGUACAGCAACACCUUCUCUGUGGAAGAAUACGUUUUGCCAAAGUAUGAAGUCGUUAUUACACCCCCGGCCUACCUGCUGGGGUUUUCACGGAUCAUUGAUGCUGAAAUUUGUGCCAAUUACACGCAUGGACAACCAGUGAAAGGAAUGUUGGAAGUUAAAAUGUGCUAUAAAACUUGGUAUAAAUCAAGAAGUUGGUAUAGAAGUAGUCGGUAUGAAACACAUUGUUCAAAGAGCCUCAAAACAGAGAUCAACGGUUGUUAUAAGGUCACAGUGAACGCAUCAAGGAUAAAUAGUGCAGGAAACCUUCAGAUCAACGCUUCCGUCACUGAGGAGGGAACAGGAGUGAUUGUGUCCAGCCAAUAUCAGGGGCCGGGUUUUACGUAUGUGUUCUCUACUCUGAAAAUCAUCGACGAAAAUCGUGGAUAUUUCAAACAAGGACUCCCAUAUCGCGGAAAGGUUACUGCUAAGAAUCCCAUGGGUAUUCCUAUUCCACAAGAAAGAAUACGAAUUAAAGCUUCAACAUAUCAGAUGCCCUGGCAUUUAACUUUGACAGUCAAUACGGAUGAGAACGGAACAGCAUUUUUCGCCAUAAAUAAUUUUCCUGAGAAUAUUACUACAUUUUCAAUUUCGGCAGUUGGACUUUCUAUUCAAAAUGGAGACGGAGAACAGUAUCCCAGACAUUAUAUUGGUUCUGCUCACAAAAAUGUGAGGCGUUGGUUUUCACCUUCAGAUAGUUAUAUACAGAUUGAACAUAUUCAACAACCAUUGGCAUGUGGCAAGGUUUCCCAGCUUGGUCUCCUCUAUUCUACUCCUAAUGACACUAAUUUAAACUUUUAUAUCAUGGUUAUGUCUAGAGGGCGUAUAAUCUAUGCAACAAACAAGAAACAUCAGUAUACCGUGGGUGAUUUUCAUCAGACAACAUUCACAGAUCCCCACCACUACCUUCAAAUGCAAAUUGUUCCGACAGCAACGUCAAUGGCAACAAAUUGUACAGAGGGAACCUGUUGUGAUGGCGUAUGUCCAGAUGAUAUGGUCAAGAGGAGCAACCUUGUAGGGAGAGUACAAAUCGCCCUACCCAUCACGGCAGCCUUUGCCCCAGAGUCCCAGGUCAUUGUUUAUUACGUCAGAACUGACGGUGAAGUGGUAUCCAGUUUCACAAGGCUUGAAGUUGAGAACUGUUUUGAUAACAAGGUCAAUAUGGAAUUCGUUAAAAGUCCAAUUAAACCCGGUUCUAACACCACCAUCCGGGUGACAGGAGAUCCUGGGUCUGUCUGCUCCAUAGGGGUAUUGGACAAAAGCAUAGAGCUUCUAAAAGCAGACCAUCAAUUGACGCCUGAGAAGGUACUAUUUUGUUACAGUUAUUCUUUGUUGGAAAUUUUAACAAGUCCAAAUGAUGGCCCUGUGGAUUCAUUCCGAGCUUUUCAGAAUUUUGGAUUGCAUUUAUUGACAAAUUUAAAGUUGAAGACCAAACCCUGUGUGCAGUAUACCCCGAGUUUCGGACAUUUUGAGACGAAAAUAGAAAAAGGGAUACCAUCAGAAGAUAAGCCCACCAUUAAAAGAGUCAGACAAUUAUUCCCCGAGACUUGGCUAUGGGAGUUACAGAUAAUAGGCGACUCCGGGGAAAAUACUCUUGUCCGAAAAAUCCCUGAUACUAUAACUGAAUGGAAAGGAUCUGCUAUAUGUAUGAAUUCUGCUUCCGGUCUUGGAAUAUCAUACAUUUCCGGUAUCACGGCCUUCCAGCCUUUCUUCCUGUCCUUCACACUUCCGUACUCAGCUGUCCGGAAUGAGGAAGUUCCUGUCCUUGUUACAGUCUUCAACUAUCUGACGCAAUGCCUUGUGAUGAAGGUGUCUUUAAGAGACUCAAUGGAGUUUAGGCUCAAAAACACGAUUUUCAUGAAAACCAAGACCGUUUGUGUCUGUGGGGGCGAAUCCAAUACUCUGCAUUAUCUGAUUAUCCCUCUGAAAAUUGGGGAAAUCAGCAUCCAAGCUGAGGCUGAAUCCAUUGCUGAUGACGGAACGUGCGGUAACAGUUCGGUUAGUAGCGAUGCAACAGGGGUGUCCGACGCCGUCCGGCGACAACUUCAGGUAGAUGCAGAGGGACUAGAAAACGAGUAUACAUAUUCUUCUUUUGUAUGUCCAUCAGGGGAACCCGGAACUUUGACAGAAAAUAUACAAUUGCAGCUUCCUUUUAAUAGAAUCCAAGACUCUGAAAGAGGAUUUAUGAACAUCAUUGGUGAUGUAAUGGGACCUGCUCUUAAGAAUUUGAAGGGCCUGCUGAAAAUGCCUAAUGGCUGUGGCGAACAGAAUAUGGCCGCAUUUGCUCCGAAUAUCUUCCUUUUACAGUAUCUCUACAACAACAAUAUGGACGUGAGUCGUGUGUUAGACGAUGCACUGAGAUACAUGAGAAUUGGUUAUCAAAGACAACUGAAGUACAGACACAAAGACGGAUCGUAUUCCGCAUUCGGGGAGACAGAUGGCAGAAGCGGAAGCACAUGGCUGACGGCAUUUGUCGUAAAAUGUUUGGGACAAUCACAGAAGUACAUCGAUAUUGAUCAAACUGACCUUUACACCAGUAUCGCUUGGUUCAAACGUCAACAAAAUGAGUUUGGCUGCUUCCCCAAGGUUGGAUAUACCCAUAGCUACUACCUGAAGGGGGGUUGGGGGAAGGGCAACGACGAAGAGGGGACUCUCACAGCAUUUGUACUUAUAGCCAUGUUGGAAGCAGGACUCCCGAAAAAUGACCUCGCCGUUCGAAGUGCUAUUCGUUGCCUUGACCGCCAGGAUGUCAAGAACACCUACUUGUUGACUCUCAUGGCGUAUGCCUACUCGCUUUAUGACAUCAACUCCGCAAGACGACUAGAAAUUAUGUUCCUGCUGCGGUCUAAAAUGAAGAGAAUAGGAAUUGAUAUGAUUUACUGGUCUCGAUAUCCUCAACCGAAGGAACAAAGUCAAGAUUUCCUUGAUUUUCCCUAUAAACACGCAUCUUCAGCGGAGGUGGAAAUGACGUCAUACGCAUUGCUAGCUUUGACAGUUGGAAAUCAGUCUAUGGCCGCCGGCUAUAUUGCACCAAUUGUCCUGUGGCUCACCAGACAAAGAAAUGCACAAGGUGGCUUCAGUUCAACUCAGGACACCGUUAUUGCUUUACAGGCCCUUUCUGUGUAUGGAAGUUUGCUACACAAUGGUGAGACAAAUGUCACAGUAGUAGUCACUGGAGAUCAGAUGUCUUCAACGUAUAACAUCAGCAAUGAAAAUAGACUAAUUCUUCAAACGGUGCCCAUCUUACGCUUACCAAAUGCACUGAAUGUGACAGUGCGGGGAGUGGGAUGUGCCUUAGUACAGGCAAACGUGAAAUACAACACUCCAAAGGUGAAGGCUGAUCCGGACUUUGCUUUGAAUGUCUCAAUCCGCAGAUCUCAGCAAAAACAUAGCCAUUGUUCCAAAAGAAUUAUCAAUAUAUGUGCAAGUUAUAACGGUAGAAGUGGUCGAACGAAGAUGGCGAUUGCUGAUGUCAAAAUGCAGACUGGUUGGAUCCCGGUUAUCUCCGAUGAUAUUAAAAACACAACAGGCCUUCAAAAAUAUGAAAUCGACGGAAAUGUUGUCCACUUUUAUUUUGAACACUUUGAUGCAGAACAGAAGUGUUUUAACUUAGAUGUAGUGCAGGAAAUUGAAUUAAAGAACCCUCAACCAGCUUACGUAAAGAUAUAUGACUACUAUGACACAGAUUCAUCAGUAACUAAAGAAUACGACAUGAAAACAAUACGUGGGACGCCGGAAAAACGUCGUCUAAAUAUUGCACAUAAAUCGGGCUGCCCAGUUUGUACAGAGCCUAUGGAAGCCGAAAGUGAAGAGUUAAGAGAUUUGGUUUGCAGUUCUACAAGAGGGGCUUAA